AUGAAAACCAAUAAAGAUGGAGGCGGUUUGUUUGUCAGCAUUAUACAUGACAGUAGGACCGUAAAGAAGAAUUUUGCUGAGAACAGUUGCUGCGAUUACCUGUUCGGAAUCAACCAGAGAAUGUCAAAUUUAUACACCUUCCGUUUAUUAAUCUGUGUAAUACUAUCCACAUGCCCCAUAAAUGCUUUGAAAAUCGUCAUGACAUUUAUUAACCCCUACGAAAGAAUAUCACUGCCUACAGUGUCAUCGAAUGAUGAAGUUAAUUUGACACUAUUUAACUUCACAGAUCCUACUGCUACCUUUUUGGAUCAAUGGAUUGAAGUGUCGGAUACAGUUCGUACAGCUGGACGAUCUAAAGCUGUACUAGCACCACAUAUUGCAUCAAACUACCAGUCUGCUAUAUUUUUCUACUUACUCAAUCCACUUCCAAACGGGGCAUGUUUUGCUGGCAUAGAUGCCUAUUUAAACUCCUGGGAUUUAUCAGAAUAUCAAGGCAUUUCAAUUGAUUUACACAGACAAGGAAACAAUUCUGCUUUCAAAUUGUUGUUUUACAAUGACUGUCCUCAGUAUACUAACUGUUACUCAUACGAGUCCUUUUUCGAGACAUCAGGUGCUCGAGAACAAGUCUACCUACCAUUCAGUACAUUUCAACCAUAUUUCCGUGGAAAAUACCAACCAAAUGUGCCACCAUUAAACGCAAGUGAUUUGAGACGUGUUGGAAUACAGGUAUAUGGUGGGGUUUACGAGGCUAAAAGUCAAUCUGGCCCUGGCUCUCUGGAGUUAUUCACUAUAUCAGCGUAUAAAUAA